AGGGCCUGUCGUCAGCAGCAACAUCGACAUGAUCGACACAAACACGGGCAACGCGGGUGCCACGUGCGAUUUGUUUCUUUGGCGAGCGGCAGCUAGGCAUUUCAAGUCUCCUCGGCUUUUUUCUGCGCGUCUUCCCUCGUCACUUUUGUUUAGUAGUUCUGUAUUUUACCUCGUUUACGCGCACCAACCGCUGCCUAGCCACAAGGAAUGAGCGCCUCCGACUCCUCGCAAACGGCAACCCAACAGACGGCCCCGCCGCAACCACGAACAACUUGGGGCGAACGGGAGACAUGGGCUCUUAUAAGUCUUUGGGAAGAGCAUCUCGACCACCUGAGAGGAGAGCGGAGGAAUGCUAGAGUAUAUGAUCGCAUUGUGCAAGGACUCGCCAGGCUCGAAAUUAUCCGGACAAGAAAACAGGUGCAGAGCAAGAUCGACAACCUCACCCAAAUGUACAGAAGUUGGGCAAAGAAACGCACAACAGGCUCUGCACCUGUGCCAUGGAUGUAUUUUAAUGAAAUACAUCGCUUUCUUGGAACGCUGCCAGCGAAUGACCAGUCGCUGGUAGAAGAAAGUGCAGCGCACUCAGAUGCCACAGUUGAACAGUUGAUCUGUAGCAUGGAGCAUGGCUACGAAUCGCCAAACAACAACGAGGAUGAAUGGGAGCUGGAGCCAUCGGAAGCUGUCCCCACAUCAGAACUAGCAGAUGAGGCACCAUCACAGAGAAGUCGGAUAACAAAUGAAAACCAGCGUCGUUCUCGAAAGAGAAAGCCCACAAGCACAAGUGAAUUUCAGCGGGACCUCCUUAACGAGCAACGCCUGCUUCGGCAGGCAUUGGAAUCGGCGACCAAAGAUGACCGGGUGCUCAGAGAGCGACAAAUAAAUGCUCAAGAAAGACUUGUUGGACUGCUGGAGCAGUAUUUUAAUAAAGAUUUACGGGAGGUCGCGUCCCGCAUUUGUUGUGACCUAUUAGUCAUUUCAUCCUUGUACCUAGUGAAGAAUGAAACUGAUGCAGCUGUUGCUCAGCUUACAGCCUCUGGGCUGCAGGUUGUUCAAGCAAGAGUCCUACAGCUCUGCAAGUCUCCUGCUCCCUUGACCUGGACCGGACCCUGGACCUUCCUGGCUCGCUUCUGCACUGCCUCCGGGAUCUGGCCGGGGACCCUUUCUGCACUGCCUCCAGGACUGGCCCACCCGGAUCUGGACCCGGCGGCACUACCUCCAGGACCGGCCCACCCGGAUAUGGCCCCGGCCCUAGGCAGCACUGUCUCCAGGAUCGGCCCGCCCGGAUUUGGCCCCGGCCCUAGGCUGCACUGCCUCCGGGACCGGCCCACCUGGAUCCGGCCCCGGCCCUAG